CACAACAAAGGGAAUUUGUUAGCAUGGAUCAAUCCAAGCAGGCGCCACACUGCGUCGAGGCGGCUAUCCAAUCAGAACGCAGCACAGUAAGAGUACUUCCGUUUCAGCUGCAAGUACAUCCAUGCUCUGGAGUGGACGUGGCCCUGCGCACUUUAUAUCAACCACAGAUGCAGCACUGCCUCACACUGACCUUUGCCCGGCACAGUAGGCUCCUCUUGAGAAAUAAAUUUGCAUCUAUCUGCUACCAGCAGUCGGCAGCCAUGUCAGGUCUCCUCAUCAACCAGCCCAAAUACUCCUGGCUGAAAGAGCUGGGCCUGUCUGAGGACAACCCUGGCGUUUAUAACGGGAGCUGGGGAGGCAGCGGGGAGGUGAUCACGUCAUACUGCCCCGCCAACAAUGAGCCAAUUGCCAGAGUAACCCAGGCAACCAUGGCGGAAUAUGAAGAAACUGUUCAGAAGACGAGGGAGGCUUGGAAGCUGUGGGCAGAUAUUCCAGCACCCAAAAGAGGAGAGAUUGUGAGGCAGAUUGGAGAUGCACUUAGAAAGAAGAUUAACGUCCUGGGGAGCCUGGUGUCUCUAGAAAUGGGCAAGAUCUAUGUUGAGGGAGUGGGAGAGGUUCAGGAAUACGUUGAUGUCUGUGACUAUGCUGUUGGUCUGUCUAGAAUGAUUGGCGGGCCCAUGCUGCCUUCAGAGAGACCAGGCCAUGCCCUGAUCGAACAGUGGAACCCAGUUGGUCUUGUCGGCAUCAUCACUGCCUUUAACUUCCCAGUGGCUGUCUACGGCUGGAACAACGCCAUUGCUCUGACCUGCGGCAACGUCUGCCUCUGGAAAGGAGCUCCAACCACACCUCUCACAAGUGUUGCAGUUUCCAAGAUUGUGGCUGAGGUUCUGGAGCGCAACAACCUGCCCGGUGCUAUCUGUUCCAUGACCUGCGGAGGCGCGGAUAUCGGCACAGCCAUGGCGAAGGAUGAGCGGGUGGAUCUGCUGUCGUUCACUGGCAGCACCCACGUUGGCAAGAUGGUGGCCAUGAUGGUGCAGGACAGGUUCGGUCGUAAGCUGCUGGAGCUCGGUGGAAACAACGCUAUCAUUGUGUUUGAGGAUGCUGACCUGAGUCUUGUGGUGCCCUCCGCCGUCUUUGCAUCUGUGGGAACCGCUGGCCAGCGCUGCACCACCACUAGGAGGCUGAUGCUGCACGAGAGUGUUCACGACACAGUGAUUGAAAGGGUCGCCAAGGCCUACAAACAAGUCCGCAUCGGAGACCCCUGGGAUCCUGCCACCCUUUACGGGCCUCUGCACACCAAACAAGCCGUGGAUCAGUACCUGGCAGCUAUUGAGCAGGCCAAGCAGCAGGGUGGCACUGUGGUCUGCGGAGGAAAGGUGAUGGACCGUCCUGGAAACUACGUGGAGCCCACCAUCAUCACAGGGCUGGCUCACGACGCUCCCAUUGUCCAUACCGAAACCUUUGUCCCCAUACUGUACGUCCUCAAGUUCAAGACAGAAGAGGAGGCGUUUGCCUGGAACAACGAGGUCAAGCAGGGCCUGUCCAGCAGCAUCUUCACCAAAGAUAUGGGUCGGGUUUUCCGCUGGCUGGGGCCCAAAGGAUCCGACUGCGGCAUCGUGAAUGUCAACAUUCCUACAAGCGGAGCUGAGAUCGGAGGAGCCUUUGGUGGAGAGAAACACACGGGAGGUGGAAGAGAGUCUGGCAGUGACUCAUGGAAGCAGUACAUGAGGCGUUCAACCUGCACAAUAAACUACAGCAAGGAUCUUCCUCUUGCCCAGGGAAUCAAGUUUGAGUGAAGCCUUCAGGUGGUUUGUUUAAGUGUUUAAUAAGCCCAAAAGAAAAACACUACAUGUUUGAGUGGCACAUUGUUAUCUAACAAAUGCUAGACGUUUGUCACUGCAUGUUUGCAUUCAGAAAGGUUAGUUUGAAUUUUAACAAAAUUCGAAAUCAUUUUGGAUCGGUUUAAUUUUUCCUGCCUAUGGUUGAAGCAUCAGAUAUUAAUUAUGGCUUUAAAACAGUUGUGUUAAAAGUAAAAUACUGUUGGUGUGCACUUUUCUAUUAGCACUUAGAAAUUGAGUGGGAAUGCUAGAUUACUGUACCAGAUACUUUGUACUGUUCAAAAAAUAAAUAUUACUUUUAUUUUGGAAGAAAAAUUGGAGUGGACCUUAUUAAUUUGUAGAUUAAAGCAAUGCAGUGCAAAUAGCAUUUUUUCCACAGACUGAUUAAAAUCUUGUCAACAUUUUAAGGUUAAUAGGAGGUAGCUAAUUAAAUCACUGGCUGUUUGCAUCUCCUUUCCAGCAUUAUUAUACUGUACUUUUGCACCCUAGAAGAAAGUCGCUGUGUACUUUCCAGACAAUAAAAAAAGUAAAUAAAAGCCUUGAUGUUGACAUGA